GCUUUGGUGGGUCGCCCAACGGCUUUAUUCGAUGCUUACGCCGCGAUAGCGGCUUUGGAAGAGGUUGUCUAUACGGCACAGAAGCUAAAUGACGAGAGGGCUACAAAAUUUAAUAUCAUCUUGCGAAAGUGUCGCCCACUUGUGGUAGAGCCGUCUUUACAACCGAUCUUGACUACGUUGGUAGCAAGUAAAGAAGAAGCGGAAAUAGCUAAGACGAUCGAUAAGGCUAUAAGGCUUCAAAACCCGACUCAGGUGGCCCAGGUAGCUCAAGUACCACUUUCUGUUCUGACACCGCCAUUCCGCUUUCCCGCUGCUGGGCGAACGACUAGGGCUACAGCACCGUAUACCCGUCGUAACCGAGGCCCGAGGAGGUGUUUUGUCUGUAACGCGGAGGGGCACAUUGCACGAUUUUGUCCCACUAAUUCACUUAAUGUAAAGCGCCGCUAGGUGGCACUAGGUUCGAAUUGAUUUGUGAGAACGGACUUUGCGAGGAAAUGGAUGAUCGAAUGAAAUAAUGCGUAUAUUACUUUACUGCAUAAACAAGUUGCAUCAGAUAUUUUGUUUUGUUUUGUUCUUUGUUUUAUUUUGCUUUGUUUUGUUUUAACUCGGGAAAAGGACCUCCCGCAAGCGUAUUGCCCAUUAGGGCAUGCCCUUGAGCCCGCUUUAGCGAGCUGUGUGGUGGUCGCCUUUUUCCUGGGCUUGGGUUAAAAUUUCACCUUACUCUCGUUUUACGAUCUUAUUUACAGUUGGUAAUAGUUUUCAACCCCUUGUGUGUAGAGGGAACAGCCCACGAUAAAGAGAUUAGAUGGGUCCAAGCGGAUGGAAGCCCAAGUUCAGGAAGGGUGACUAGCACUUCCAGUGCUGUGCUCGCUGACAUAGACCGAGUGAUAAGUGGGGAAAAAGCGGAUUUCGGCAUGCUUCAGUUUCGUGACCCUGAAAGCUUCAGGGCGGGGGAGAUUCAUAGGCAUAUCCCGAUGUGGGGAAAAAUCUUGGAGAACAACCCAGUAGGUGACCAGAUCCUACGAUGGCUCCAAAAUGGAGUGAACGUUAAAGAUUUUAUACAACCAUUUAAGGGAAUUUUUAAAGACAUCAAGUGCGACUCGCCAUCGCCCCCUAGACARAUGUUCAAAAAUCAUCGAUCUUGUGACCGAUUUCAAGAAUUUAUCUCGAUAACUCUCGCUGAUCGCAUCCGUUCAGGCGCUGUUCGGACUUGGGGCGAGGUUGGGAAGGUCGAUCCCCCUUGGCUGGUCUUACCUUUAACGGUCGAACCUAAUAAGCCUCGUUUGUGCGUGGACGCAAGAUUCCUAAACUUGUGGAUGAGGGAUACGCCUUUCAAGCUCGACACCCUGGUGUCAGUCMCCCAGUUUGCGUACCCUGGUUCAUACCUUUCGAAGAUAGAUGACAAAUCGGGGUAUGAUCAUGUUCUUCUGUCAGAGGACUCCCAACAGUACUUUGGGGUCGAGUGGAAGGGGUGGUGGCUUGUUGGAACCACACUCCCGUUCGGUUGGAAAAACUCUCCGUUCGUCUACCAGUCCAUUGGUCUAAGUUCAACCACAUUCCUCUGGGAAAGAGGCAUCACCUCUUGCCUAUACAUCGAUGACCGGUUGUUAGGCGAAAUCUAUAGUGAGGAG